AUGCUGUUUUGCAGAGAUCGCGACUCGGACGAGUUCAUCAAUGCCUGUACUUUGGUGCACGAUGCAGUGAAGGAAAUUCGCAAUGCUCUGCUGGUCAAUCGGCAUCCAGAAGAUGUUGACUCAGACAACGAGUAUGAAGAUGAUGGACAGACGAAUGCGCCUGAUAAUACUAGCAGGAUAUCGGAAGGGGAAAAUCAGCAGCGAAUUAUGCGUCGUUUGCCUGAGGAAGAUAAGAAGAGAAUACAGGAGCAGAUUGAUGUGUUUAAGAUCACGCAGACAAAAUUCGAAAGAGAAGUAGCAAAGUGGGAUGAAAGUGGUAAUGAUAUAAUUGUGUUAGCGAAACAUAUGUGCAUGAUAAUGACGGAUAUGACUGACUUCACCAGAGGGCAUGGUCCUUUGAAAACAACCAUGGAUGUAAUACGAGCUGCUCAAGAGAUAUCAGUCGAUGGCUCAAAGCUGAAUGCUCUAGCCAAACAAAUUGGUGAUGAAAGUGUCGACUCAAACACCAAAGCAGAUCUUUUUGCGUAUUUAUCGCGAAUUACGUUGUAUUGUCAGCAGCUAAAUAUUUGCAGUAAGGUAAAAGCUGACGUGCAACAAAUUGGCAACGAUGUGGUUGUAUCCGGCUUGGAGUCUGCUAUGUCCUUAAUUCAAACGGCAAGAAAUCUCCUUGGCGCUGUUGUGCUGACAGUUAAAGCCGCUUACAUCGCCAGCACAAAGGUGAGGCAAAGAUCAAAGAUUUAUAACCUAAAAAUUCAUAUUCUCAUC